GUGAGAGUGGUCAUUUGUUUGUAGAUACAAAGACAACUUUGAAUCUGCAUAGCCCUUCAUUAAAACCAAAGGGAUCUUUCAGAAGUAGAGGACAAACCACAAAAAUCUCUUAAUGAGAAACAGCAAGAGAAUCAGGAGCUUCUUAUCCGAUGUAUUGGACAACACCUAGGCUUCGCAGGGAACAGACCAAUUGCUGCUUGUAUCAUCUACAAAUGCCUUCUACAGUGGAGAUCUUUUGAAGUUGAGCGGACUAGUAUGUUUGACCGAAUCAUUCAGACCAUAGGCCAUGCUAUCGAGGUUUGAAUAGUCUAAUCCUAUAUGCUACUAGUGUGUCUUGUUUUCGCUUUUUGUCAUAAUUGGCUUCUCAUAACUAAGUAUUAUUAUUUGGAUUAAAGACCCAAGAUAACAAUGACAUCUUAGCCUAUUGGUUGUCCAAUUCCUCGACUCUUCUGCUGCUGCCCCAGCGUACAUUGAAAGCAAGUGGUGCUGCUGGAAUGGCUCCUCAGCACCGUUGAUCAUCCUCGGCUACUCUGUUUGGAAGGAUGACACAGGAAGAAAAAGAUGGAGAGGUUCCAUGGGUUCUGCAUCUGUAUACAGCUGAAAGAUUAUCAUCAUUUGGAGAGCUGGCACUAAUGGUUUGAAAAGGAAAUGUUUACAAGGACGAACGAGAAACAUGCUAUGGAAAGAGAAGCAUAUCUUUGGUCUGUCUCAGAUAUGUGAAGUGUACACCAAAGAAAACAACACAAACUUUAUUUUACUGCUUAGAAAGUGCAAGGCAAUUGCAGGAGGGACUGGUCAGUUUGUUAAAGGGAUCUUCAAAUGCAGCAAUGCUUACACCAACCAGAUCUGGAUUUCAGUUUCCUUGAGAUGAAUCCCUUUACCUUGGUGAAUGGAGAGCCAUACCCAUUAGAUAUGAGGGCAGAGUUGGAUGACACUGCUGCCUUUAAGAACUUUAAGAAGUGGGGUGUCAUAGAGUUUCCUCUUCCCUUUGGAAGAGUUCUGAGUCCUACAGAAAGCUUCAUUCACUCAUUGGAUGAAAAGGUAAUUGUUGCUUCUGGAGCUGUGAAGCAUGAGGACCUUGUUGAGCAAGUGAAGAAGUUGUUUACCAAAUUGUCAUCGGAUCCAACCACAACUUCUGAAUUAGUUGCCAAAGGGCCAGCAAUUUUUUCAGAUUUUUUGUGUUAAAAUCCUUUGGUUUUUUAUUUUUUCUUAUUUUCCUUGGAUCUAACAGUGGGUGUUUUGGUUCACUUCUUAUUUUUUGUAUUAAAUGGGGGAGUGGUGAGAGAGAGAGGAGGGUAAUGUUAUUUUGUGGCUUUGUAUAUAAGGUAGUAAUUUUUUGAUUGAGAAUUGUGAAUUCAAUUUUUGAAUAUGUUAU